GUAUGUGUUUCUUCUCUUUCAUGCUCUCACUCUCUCUCUCUCUCACUCACUCACUGUCUUUCCCUGUUUGCAAGUUUUGUGUUGGUGUUAGAUUACACAAUUUGCUCUCAGGAAAUCAUCGGAGUUGUUUCUUGAUUUCAUCGCAUCUUCGUUUUCCAAGGACUUUUUGAGGUUUCGGUCUAUCCAGAAGGUAUUGAAAUGGCGAAUAAGAAGAGGACUGAUCAGGCCUAUGAGGGUCAAAGCUCUGAAUCUCAGGAAAGUGGUGGAGGACGUGGUGGUUAUCCUCCACAAGGAGGGCGUGGUGGACGAGGAUUGGUUUCACAAUCCCAGCAUGGCCGUGGCGGCCGCACUGGACCUCCCCAACAGCAAUACGGGGGGAGGGGCGGUCAACAGCAAUAUGGUGGUGGUCUUCAAGAAUAUCAGCAACAGGGAAGGGUUGCACAACACCAAUCUCGUGGUGGAUCUUCUCAACAUCGAAGGGGAAGUGGCCGCGGAGGACCUCCAGCUGGUGGUGCUUCCAGGACACAAUAUCUCGAUCUGCACCAAGCAAGUCAGCCCAUCCUUGAAUCAGCAGACAGUACUGCUGAAACAGGAGGUGUACUGAAUCCUUCAACAGUGAACUUGCAGCUUCAGCAAUUUACUGUUCAGGAGAAGUCUUCUGAUCAGGCCAUUCAACUUGUGCCUCCUUCUAGCAGCAAGUCAAUGAGGUUCCCACUUCGCCCUGGUAAAGGUAGUAAUGGCAUAAAGUGUAUUGUCAAGGCUAAUCACUUUUUUGCUGAACUACCAGACAGAGAUUUACAUCAAUAUGAUGUAUCUAUUACACCUGAAGUUGCAUCAAGGGGUGUAAAUCGAGCUGUGAUUGGACAACUGGUGAAACUCUAUAGGGAAUCUCAACUUGGUAAACGCUUACCUGCAUAUGAUGGAAGAAAGAGUUUGUAUACUGCAGGACCACUCCCCUUUAUCCAUAAGGACUUUAAAAUAACACUUCUUGAUGAAGAUGAUGGCACUGGCAAUGCAAGACGUGAGAGGGAGUUCAAAGUGGUGAUCAAAUUUGCAGCUCGUGCUGACUUGCAUCAUUUAGGAAUGUUUCUAGAGGGUAGGCAGGCUGAUGCACCACAGGAAGCUCUACAGGUUCUUGACAUUGUUUUGAGAGAGUUGCCUACUAUGAGGUAUUCCCCUGUGGGCCGCUCCUUCUAUUCUCCUGAUCUUGGGAGAAGACAGUCUUUGGGUGAAGGACUGGAAAGCUGGCGGGGGUUUUACCAGAGCAUUCGCCCUACUCAGAUGGGACUGUCCCUGAAUAUUGAUAUGUCAUCCACUGCCUUUAUUGAGCCACUGCCUGUAAUAGAUUUUGUCACCCGACUUCUAAUCAGGGAUGUUUCCUCUAGGCCAUUGUCUGAUGCUGACAGAGUCAAGAUCAAGAAGGCUCUUAGAGGAGUUAAGGUAGAAGUUACACACAGGGGCAAUAUGCGCAGAAAAUACAGAAUAUCUGGCUUAACAUCACAGGCAACACGUGAGCUAACCUUCCCUGUUGACGACAGAGGCACUGUCAAAUCUGUUGUGGAGUACUUCCAAGAGACUUAUGGAUUUUCAAUUCAACAUACUCAAUGGCCUUGUUUACAAGUCGGUAAUCAACAAAGACCCAACUAUUUGCCAAUGGAGGUAUGUAAAAUAGUAGAAGGGCAAAGGUACUCCAAGAGAUUGAACGAGAGGCAAAUAACUGCUCUUCUUAAGGUUACCUGUCAGCGACCACAGGAAAGAGAGUAUGACAUUCUCCAGACUGUUCGUCAUAAUGCUUAUUCUGAAGAUCCAUAUGCUAAGGAGUUUGGAAUUAAAAUCAGCGACAAACUUGCUGCAGUUGAAGCGCGGAUUUUACCAGCUCCAUGGCUCAAGUAUCAUGACACUGGAAGAGAAAGAGAUUGUUUGCCACAAGUUGGUCAAUGGAACAUGAUGAAUAAAGUAAGACCUAUAAUUAGUUUAUCUUCUAGUCAGGUCUUAUUACUUGUAUGUGUUUGUUUGUCUUUUGUUUAUAAUUUUGACCUUUUUUUGCAGAAAAUGGUCAAUGGUGGGACAGUAAACAAUUGGUUCUGCAUUAACUUUGCACGAAAUGUCGCCGAAAAUAUUGCCAAUGGUUUUUGCUCUGAACUUGCCCAGAUGUGUAAUAUAUCUGGAAUGGCAUUCAACCCACAACCUGUGGUCCCCUCAACAAGUGCCAGACCUGAUCAAGUAGAAAGGGUUCUAAAAGCCCGCUUCCAUGAAGCUAUGACCAGACUCCAUGGUCAAAGCAAGGAACUUGACCUGCUGAUUGUUAUUCUUCCAGAUAACAAUGGGUCUCUCUAUGGUGAUCUGAAGCGUAUAUGCGAGACAGAUCUUGGCAUAGUUUCCCAAUGUUGUCUGACAAAGCACGUUUUCAAGAUGAGUAAACAAUAUCUUGCAAACGUGGCUUUGAAGAUUAAUGUUAAAGUUGGGGGGAGGAAUACAGUUCUUCUUGAUGCAUUAUCUAGGAGCAUACCUCUUGUAAGUGACAGGCCAACAAUCAUUUUCGGAGCUGAUGUAACUCAUCCUCACCCUGGCGAGGACUCUAGUCCCUCCAUAGCAGCGGUUGUUGCUUCACAAGACUGGCCUGAGAUAACAAAAUAUGCAGGCCUUGUAUCUGCUCAAGCACAUAGGCAAGAGCUCAUUCAAGAUUUGUUCAAGAGCUGGCAAGAUCCUCAAAGGGGAGCUGUAUCUGGUGGAAUGAUAAAGGAACUUCUCAUAUCAUUUCGAAGAGCAACUGGUCAGAAACCUCAAAGAAUAAUAUUCUAUAGAGACGGUGUAAGUGAGGGACAGUUCUAUCAGGUUCUCCUUUAUGAACUUGAUGCCAUUCGAAAGGCAUGUGCUUCCUUAGAACCAAACUACCAGCCUCCAGUGACAUUUGUUGUAGUCCAGAAAAGGCAUCACACAAGGCUGUUUGCCAAUAAUCACCGCGAUCGAAAUGCAGUGGACAGGAGUGGAAAUAUUCUUCCUGGUACUGUGGUGGAUUCUAAGAUUUGUCAUCCUACAGAGUUUGACUUCUAUCUCUGUAGUCAUGCCGGUAUUCAAGGUACCAGUAGGCCUGCCCACUACCAUGUACUGUGGGAUGAAAACAAGUUCAGUGCUGAUGAGCUGCAAACACUGACUAACAAUCUCUGCUACACAUAUGCUAGGUGCACCCGUUCUGUUUCCAUAGUCCCCCCAGCUUAUUAUGCACAUUUGGCUGCAUUUCGGGCUCGGUUCUACAUGGAACCCGAGACGUCUGAUAGCGGGUCAAUGGUCAGCGGUGCAGUUGCUGGACGAAUGGGAGGAGGAGGACAGAGAGGUGGUGGUGGUGGUGGUGGUGGCACAAGGGGAGGACUAGCAAGUCCAAAUGUUGCUGCUGCUGUGAGGCCUCUUCCUGCACUUAAAGAAAAUGUGAAGAGAGUCAUGUUCUACUGUUAGGCUAUUUUAUCUAUAUUUCCUAUUUACUAAAAACUUAUUAUUUCAAGUACCUUGUCUUUCUUUGGAUUCUGUUUGUUUGUGAGUGUCUUUCUUUGGAUUCUGUUUGUUUGUGAGUGUCUUUCUUUGGAUUCUGUUUGUUUGUGAGUUUUAUUUAUACAUUGUGUGGGUCUUUAUUUAUGCAUUGUGUGAGUCUUAUUUAUACAUUGUGCGCGUAUUUAUUUAUACAUUGUGUGUAUGUCAAAUCCUGAAAUACUCUGUUUGUAUUUAUGUAUCAGUUUGACUUAGAGUUGUUUAUUCUA